CCGCGGCGACGGAGGCACAGCGCGCGGCGGGCGCGGCGGGGCCGCAUCUGCAUCGGCCACCGCCGCCGCUGCGGGGCCGCGAACAAAGAGGAGGAGCCGCGGCGCGAGAGCAAAGUCUGAAAUGGAUGUUACAUGAAUCAUUUUAAGAGCUCCACACAACUAUGAACAUUUCUGAAGCCUGUUUCUCAGUAAAGUAGAUCAAGAUGGAUGAAUCAGCCUUGUUGGAUCUUCUGGAGUGUCCGGUGUGUCUAGAACGCCUGGAUGCGUCCGCAAAGGUUUUGCCUUGCCAGCAUACGUUUUGCAAACGAUGUUUGCUGGGGAUCAUAGGUUCCCGAAAUGAACUCAGAUGUCCUGAGUGCAGGACUCUGGUUGGCUCCGGAGUAGAGGAGCUUCCCAGUAACAUCCUACUGGUCAGACUUUUGGAUGGCAUCAAGCAGAGGCCUUGGAAACCUGGCCCUGGUGGAGGCAGUGGGAGCAACUGCACAAAUGCAUUAAGGGCUCAGGGCAGCACCAUGGCUAAUUGUAGUGGGAAGGAUCUGCAGAGCUCCCAGGGUGGACAGCAGCCUCGGAUGCAAGCCUGGAGCCCCCCGGUGAGGGGUAUACCUCAGUUACCAUGUGCCAAAGCAUUGUAUAACUACGAAGGAAAAGAGCCUGGAGACCUUAAAUUCAGCAAAGGAGAUAUCAUCAUUUUGCGACGGCAAGUGGAUGAAAAUUGGUACCAUGGGGAAGUCAACGGAAUCCAUGGCUUUUUCCCUACCAACUUCGUACAGAUUGUUAAACCAUUACCUCAGCCCCCACCUCAGUGCAAAGCUCUUUAUGACUUUGAAGUGAAAGACAAGGAAGCAGAUAAAGAUUGCCUCCCAUUUGCAAAGGAUGAUGUUCUGACUGUGAUUCGCAGAGUGGAUGAAAACUGGGCUGAGGGAAUGCUGGCAGACAAAAUAGGAAUAUUUCCAAUUUCAUAUGUUGAGUUUAACUCGGCUGCCAAGCAGCUGAUAGAAUGGGAUAAGCCUUCCCUGCCAGGAGGUGAUGCAGGACAAUGUACCUCGGUGGCAGCCCAGAGCAGCACAGCCCCAAAGCACUCCGACACCAAGAAGAACACCAAAAAGCGGCACUCCUUCACGUCCCUCACCAUGGCCAGUAAGUCCUCGCACGCAGCCCAGAACCGUCACUCCAUGGAGAUCAGCCCUCCUGUCCUCAUCAGCUCCAGCAACCCCACCGCUGCUGCUCGGAUCAGUGAACUGUCUGGGCUGUCCUGCAGUGCCCCUUCUCAGGUUCAUAUAAGUACCACGGGGUUAAUCGUGACCCCACCCCCAAGUAGUCCAGUGACAACUGGCCCCUCGUUCACUUUCCCAUCAGACGUUCCCUACCAGGCUGCCCUUGGA